CAUAUCACUUUGCUUUACUCAAUUCUAAUGGCUACAAUCCCCGACGAUGACAUGGUGCACCACCAAACAACGGUCGAGCUUGAGUCUAAGGACUUGUUUGACUACUCAAAACGAUCCCAAUGGCUACGAGCAGCUGUUCUGGGAGCCAACGAUGGGUUAGUCUCGACGGCUUCCCUAAUGAUGGGUGUUGGAGCCGUUAAAAAAGACAUGAAAGCCAUGAUCUUGACCGGCUUUGCUGGCUUAGUAGCCGGAGCUUGUAGUAUGGCUAUUGGAGAAUUUGUUUCCGUUUACUCACAACUCGAUAUAGAGGUUGCCCAAAUUAAAAGAGAGAUCAACCGAAGAGAUAUUGUUGACGCUGAGGUCGAAAGUCUGCCAAACCCAUGGCAAGCCGCGGCUGCAUCAGCUCUAGCUUUUUCGUUGGGGGCUAUAGUGCCUUUGUUAGCCGCUUCUUUUAUUAAGCCUUACAAGGUGAGGAUUUUGGUGAUGGCUGCAGCAGUGACAGUGGCACUGGCCGUUUUUGGAUGGUUGGGGGCCGCGUUGGGGCGGGCACCGACUGUCAAGUCUACCAUUAGGGUGGUGGUUGGAGGUUGGAUGGCUAUGGCAAUUACAUAUGCUUUAACAAUGUUAAUUGGUGCAAAGGGACUCCAUUGAAGUGCAUGCGCCAUUUCGUCUUAUAUCAUGGUUUCAAUGUUUUUUUUUUCUUUUCUUUCCGGGUCAACAUCUAGUAUUUGUGUACGUAAAUAUAUACAGGAACUAAUGAAUACAAUUGGUAAGCAUAUGUUAUAUAAUAUGAGUGAUUAUUUUUUUUCUUUCUAAUUGGUAAUUGUUUUUCGUAUAAUAUGAGUGAAUAUUUUUUC